CUCGGUCCGUGUCCGUGUGUUCCUGUCCCUGUCCCUGGUCCCGGCUCUGUCCCGUGUCCCUGAGCCCGGUCCGUGUCCGCAGGCGGCUGGGGCUGGCGCGGAGCAGCGCUCGGACAAGGAGCGGACCGCGGGCGGCCCCGGGGCAAAGCUUCGCCUUCCUCAUCGUGCUGGACUUCGAGGCCACUUGCUGGCGAGAGCCGGGGCGGCGCGGGCCCGAGAUCAUUGAAUUCCCAGCAGUCCUGUUAAACACCUCAACAGGAGUGAUUGAAUCUGAAUUCCACAUGUAUGUCCAGCCCCAGGAACAUCCUAUUCUCUCUGAAUUCUGUACAGAACUAACUGGCAUAACACAGAAUCAAGUUGAUGAAGGUGUGCCUCUCAACAUUUGCUUAUCACAGUUUUUGAAAUGGAUUCAGAAGAUCCAAAAGGAGAAGAAAAUUAUAUUCAUUACAGAUAGUCAGAGUAAUUCUACGUCGGAAGCAAAAGCGUGUGCCUUUGUUACUUGGACAGACUGGGACCUGGGCGUGUGCUUGCACUAUGAAUGCAGAAGGAAGCAGCUGCGCAAACCCGACAUUCUGAAUUCCUGGAUUGAUCUCAAAGCAACCUACAGGGCCUUCUAUAAUAGAAAGCCUAAAGGCCUAAAUGGAGCUUUGCAGGAUUUGGGGAUAGCUUUUGAAGGACGGGAACAUUCUGGGUUGGAUGAUUCUCGGAAUACUGCUCGUCUUGCUUGGAGGCUGAUUUGUGAUGGAUGUAUGCUCAAAGUUACUAAAUCUUUGGAUCAGGCGCAUCAGAAGAGUAAUUUAAUUUCCAGAACACUGACUGCAAACUUCACUGACAAGACUCCACUGGGAAGUAAGAGCAGACCUGAACCAUCUAUAGAUGGAACUUGUGAAACAAAAUCUCUGGCUGAGAACAAACACAAGAGUAUUGCUGGAAACAAGCUAAAUUCUGAUGUACAGCCUGGGGAACAGCAGAUCCCUUGCACUGAUCCCUCUGCAGAUGUCCCUGUUGUACCCAGCAGCAGCUCCAGGACUGAACUCUGUGCUCAAUCCCAAAGCUCCUCAGCAGCACCCACUGACAGAUCUCCUGUUCCCCUUGGAGUGGCACAGCCGUGUCCCAGCCCUGCACCAGCAGACACCCAGCAGGGGCUGAGAGCUGAGCAGCCUCUGAGAAAAGCCAGUCCCAUCCUCCCAGAGCAUGGAGCAGGGCUGGUCCUGGUCUCCACCACCAUCCCCUCUGUCACCCUCUGCACUGGGGACAUCAGCACCAGCUCUGAGUGCUUGUCUCUGCUCACAGACUGGGAAGAUGUUGCUUUGAUACCAGAAUCUCAGUGUGAGCAAAAUUCAGACUCUGACCAGCUCCAGGAUGACUCUAGUACAGACACUCUAACAGUGUUUGAAGAAAAAAUGCUUUCAGAACAAUUGGCUAUGACAAGUUCAGAUAAUCAGAGUUUGGAGGAAAGUGUAGCACCCAUGGAACCUCUGAAGUCUGUUGUUUACAAAAGUCCUGAUACUACAGUCUAUAAUAUAGGGACAGUACAAAGGCAGACUUCAAAAUUUUCAGCUUUUAAGUUACCACCUGCAAGGGGAAAUGCUGUUUCAACACGAUCUGCAUUAAUUGGAAAUUACUCUACCCCUUUGGGGGCUCCUAAAAGAAAACCAACUAGUCCAAAAACAUGCCCACCAGCAAAAAAACAGUCUUUUCAUAUAUAUCAAGAGAAAACUUCCUCUUCUGAUCACUCCUUACCUUUGAGAAGUUCGAAUCUGCCCAAAGUAUCUCCUGCUGUUCUGAACUCCACAGUCAAUUUGGAUCAGUCUGUAAGAGCUGUGAGAAAUGGGAAAACAACUCCCCCUCUGUGUAACUGUGGUCGAAGAGCCAAAAAACUCUUUGUGUCAAAUGCAGGCCCAAAUCAUGGCAAAGCAUUUUUUUGUUGUCCUGUUGGCAGGCAAGGAGAUAAUAAGAAAGGUUGUGGAUACUUCAAAUGGGAAUAUGCACUUCUAAAAGAGAAAUCUAAUGGUCUCACCUUGAAUGCAGGAGCUUUGACCUCACUUGGAACUGUUUCUAGUAAUACAGAAAAUUCUUCCAACAAAAAGUAUUUUUACCUUAGACCCUCUAUGAGAACCUGAAAAUGGAUACAAUUUUUUGUCUUGAUCCUAAACUAAGUUUCAUGCUUAAUGUAAUCAGGACAGUCAAAUGAUGUCAGGUAUGUAUUCUCAGAAUGGGACAAAAAGGACAGUUCUUGGUUAACAGAGAUAGAAAGGGAAGUUGCUCAAACACAAAAAUAUCAGCAGAUCAUAAAAUAACUCCUUAGUGAAGUGUGAGAGAACAGAUAAAACUGUUAAGUUCUAAAAUUAGAGCAUGAGCAGCUAUUGCUAUAAAUCUUAAAUUUCUGUUCUAUCAUAUAUUUUAAAUGUAUAAGUCCAAUCCUUAAAGAUUUCAAUGACAGAUUUUAUUUGCAAUUUUUUUCUAAAUAUACUUGUAAUGCCUAUGUUUACAUUUUUGAAACUUUUGAAACAUUCUUUAGAAGAUAUCACACUUCUCAGAAGUGAUUCUUGAAGCAAUAGCAUUGUCUUAAGCUCUUACUGAGUUUUUUAUCCAUAAAGUAACAAUAAAUACAGUGACAUUUCAUUAAAUACUUUAUUUAGCACACAUCACUGUGCCUCCGUUUACCUGUUCAAAGAGCUUUUGGUUCCUCUGCUCCGUGUACACCGUGACAUCUUGGGCAGUGGGGCAGGCACAGCCGAUGCCCCU